CUCUUCACUCUCUCUUUUUCUAGGGUUUUAUUUUAUUUUUAUUUUCUACUUUCGGUUAUAUUUUUAAAACCUUCUUUUAUGAACUAAAACUACAAAGCAAACAGUACACACACAAAGUGAAUAAAGGGACUGUAAAUAAAAAAAAAGUUUUUUCCCUAAAAAAAUGCUUCUGGUAACUUAAGUGUCGUGAAGUCGAUGUGAAUCGAGUUGAUGGAGCUGAAUUUCUCGCUUGGGAACCCGACUGUCUUUGUUAAUUAAGUUGUCAAGUGACGGCGUCUCUCCUCGUUUUUGGAGGGUUUAAAUCGGAGUGAAAGGGAGAUCUCAAGGGUUUAGUUUUGUUCUACGAAGGAUCGAGCAUUGAUGUAAUGGUAAUUAAGAUUUAUCGUGAAGAUAAGAAAGAAUCGUGGCCUUUACAAUGCAUUUCGCUAAGCUCGAUGACUCUCCCAUGUUUCGUAAGCAGAUACAAUGCAUGGAGGAAAGCGCCGAGUUGUUACGGGAGAGAAGCUUAAGGUUUUACAAAGGAUGUCGAAAAUACACUGAAGGACUUGGGGAGGGAUAUGAUGGGGACAUCGCUUUUGCAAAUGCCCUUGAAAUGUUUGGUGGAGGACAUAAUGACCCUAUUAGUGUGGCUUUUGGAGGGCCGGUUAUGACCAAGUUUACCAUAGCAUUGAGAGAAAUUGGGACAUACAAGGAAGUUCUUCGGUCCCAGGUUGAAACCGAGCUAAAUGACAAAUUACUGCAGUUUGUCAAUAUUGAUUUACUUGAGGUCAAGGAAGCACGUAAACGCUUUGACAAGGCCAGUCUCAUUUACGACCAGGCUCGUGAAAAGUUUCUUUCACUGAGAAAAAGUACAAAGAGUAAUAUUGCCAAUGUUUUGGAAGAGGAACUUCAUAAUGCAAGGUCAACAUUUGAGCAGGCUCGUUUUAAUCUGGUAACUGCUCUUUCAAAUGUUGAAGCCAAAAAGCGAUUUGAGUUUCUGGAAGCUGUCAGUGGGACUAUGGAUGCGCAUCUUCGAUACUUCAAACAGGGCUAUGAAUUAUUGCAUCAAAUGGAGCCAUACAUUAAUCAGGUCAUGACCUAUGCACGUCAAUCAAGGGAAAGAUCCAACUAUGAGCAGGCAGCUCUAAAUGAAAGAAUGCAAGAGUACAAACGGCAGGUUGACAGAGAGAGCAGAUUGUCUUCUAAUGGUUCUAAUGGAUCUCCUAACGGAGAUGGUAUACAAGCAAUUGGUAGAAGUUCACAUAAAAUGAUAGAGGCAGUAAUGCAGUCUGCCGCAAAGGGAAAGGUUCAAACCAUUCGACAAGGUUAUCUGUCAAAACGUUCAUCAAGUUUGAGAGGAGACUGGAAAAGAAGAUUUUUUGUCCUUGAUAGCCGAGGGAUGCUGUAUUACUACCGUAAGCAAUGCAGCAAAUCAUCUGGGCCUGGCACUCAGCUUUCCAGUCAGCGAAAUAGCUCUGAGAUUGGAUCUGGAUUAUUGGGUCGGUGGCUUUCUUCUUCUCAUCAUCAUGGUGGUGUGCACGAUGAAAAAUCUGUUGCCCAUCACACAGUGAAUCUACUUACAUCAACAAUUAAAGUUGACGCUGACCAGUCAGAUUUGAGGUUUUGCUUUCGGAUAAUUUCUCCAACCAAGAAUUACACGUUGCAGGCAGAGAGUGCACUGGACCAAAUGGAUUGGAUUGAAAAGAUAACUGGUGUUAUUGCUUCAUUACUUAGUUCUCAGGCUCCUGAAAGGUGUCUUUCUGCUAGUCCCAUGGGAAGUGGUCAUCAUCGAUCUGCCAGUGAGAGUAGUUCUUUUGAAAGUUCUGAUUUUGAUCACACUGCUGUUGAAGAGUAUAAUGCCGAGAGAAACCUUGUUAUUGCACAUAAUGAACGCCAAUCAAGGGCUUCACAACAUCAAAGGUCAUGUGUAAAAAAUGAAAAGCCAAUUGAUGUACUGCAAAGAGUUUGUGGGAAUGAGAAAUGUGCAGAUUGUGGUGCCCCUGAACCUGAUUGGGCAUCUUUGAAUCUGGGUGUUCUUCUUUGUAUUGAGUGUUCUGGUGUUCACCGUAAUCUUGGUGUUCAUAUUUCAAAGGUUAGGUCGCUUACUCUUGAUGUAAAAGUAUGGGAUCCAUCUGUUAUAAGUUUGUUUCAAUCGCUCGGCAACACCUUUGCUAACUCGGUCUGGGAGGAAUUGUUGCAUUCAAGAAGUGCUUUCCAUGUUGAUCUUACCCUCACAGGCUUUUUCAAGUCUGAUAAGCCUCAGCUGCUGCUUAUGGGAAAGCCUUGUCAUUCUGAUUCUAUAUCUGUAAAGGAGAAAUUCAUACAUGCAAAGUAUGCAGAAAAGCAUUUUGUUUGCAAGCCAAAAGUUGAGCAACAUCAUCAAUCAGUUGCACAACAGAUUUGGGAGGCUGUUCGUGCUAACGAUAAGAAGGCUGUAUACCGUUACAUUGUUAAUUCUGAAGCAGAUUUAAAUGCAGUGUAUGAACAAUCUUCUGUGUCUUCGUUAACCCUUGCCAAAGUGAUGCUACUGCAAGAACAUUCAAAUGUAGGAAACAACUCCAGUUACAUCACAGGGGAUUCAUCAGACAGAUCCUCUGCUAGCUCUUUCAACUUGGUGGAUACCAGUGAAGGCCAAAUUGCAGACGAUUUAGAUGGUUGUACCCUACUUCACCUUGCUUGUGAAACUGGAGACAUCGGCAUGAUUGAACUUCUAUUACAAUAUGGAUCAAAUAUAAAUGUAACGGAUUCAAGAGGUCAAACACCCCUUCAUCGAUGUAUUCUCAAGGGAAAAGCCGUACUUGCUAAAUUACUACUUACCAGGGGAGCUGAUCCGCAGGCUUUAGAUAGGGAAGGUAAAACCCCUCUUGAGCUUGCAGUGGAAUCAGAUUUUGACGACGGUGAGGUCCUUGCUUUAUUAUCCGACUCAAACGGGCAACUUGGGUAAAAGAGUUAAAAAUGGAAGUUUGAGCUGCACCUGAAGUGUGAAAUUUGAAAAUGUAUUGCUUUUGUUUUCUUGGUGUAAUUGUAAUACUAAUAUCUAGAAGUUGAAAAGCUGGCUGUAAUCGAAAUGGAUGCUUCCAAUGUUUGGAGGGUAUUAUACAAGAGCAGAAGAGCGGGAGGUUGUGCUUGCGCAAAGUUGCCUCCAUGGGCAUAUUUGAAAAUUAGUAAGGCAAAGAUGGUUUUAAACGCAGGGAAGAAUGUGGUUUGGUUUUAUAGGUAAGGGGCUGGCCUUAUAAAGUAAUAAUGCAAUGUGUUUGUGAUGUGUUAUUAGUUGGAUAUAGCUAUUGAGUUGAGGCUAUAUCUUAGAGCAAUUGUGUUCAUGUACAUUUAAUUUAUAUAUUGUAGUAGUGGUGCCCCCCCCUGGUGCCUGU